CUGAGACUGUAACUCAACUAAAGGGGAUGGACUUGGGAGGGGCUGCCCACGCCCACUCCCCAGCUCCUUCCCAAACAGUCUGGCUUCAGCCCCACCCAAUACUGAAGACACCCUCCCUUUUAGUCUCUGUCCCUUGUGUCCCUGUACGGCCACAGGUGAGAAGGGCCAGGUCUGGGAGAAUAAAUGGCCCUGGACUGGUGGGCUUUGGGCAGGACUCCUGGAGAGAGCGGGGCAGGGUGGAAGGCUAGGAGGGGCAGCCAAAAAGCAAGAAAGGCCCGAACCCAGGCUAAAAUCUUCUCCAUUGGCCACACUGGCCAGGUGCAGCGAUGACCGUCACCUACACAGCCAGAGUGGCGAAUGCCCGCUUCGGUGGCUUCUCGCAGCUGCUGCUGCUGUGGCGCGGAAGCAUCUACAAGCUCCUGUGGCGAGAGCUGUUAUGUUUCCUGGGACUCUACAUGGCACUAAGCGCCGCCUAUCGCUUCUUACUGGCAGAAGAGCAGAAGCGCUACUUCGAGAAGCUUGUCAUAUACUGCGACCAGUACGCCAGCCUCAUCCCCGUCUCUUUCGUACUUGGCUUCUACGUGACUCUGGUGGUGCAUCGCUGGUGGAACCAGUAUCUAUGCAUGCCUCUGCCGGACGCACUCAUGUGCAUAGUGGCUGGCACCGUGCAUGGGCGAGACGAUCGAGGCCGCCUCUACCGGCGCACGCUCAUGCGCUACGCAGGGCUCUCCGCGGUGCUGAUCCUUCGUUCUGUUAGCACAGCAGUCUUCAAACGGUUCCCCACUAUAGACCACGUGGUCGAGGCUGGAUUUAUGACCCGAGAAGAGCGCAAGAAGUUCGAGAACUUGAAUUCGUCCUACAACAAAUACUGGGUGCCCUGCGUGUGGUUCUCGAGCCUGGCAGCGCAGGCGCGGCGAGAGGGGCGCAUCCGCGACAACAGUGCCCUAAAGUUGCUACUAGAGGAGCUGAAUGUGUUUCGGAGCAAAUGUGGGAUGCUGUUUCACUACGACUGGAUUAGCAUACCCCUCGUCUACACCCAGGUAGUCACUAUCGCAGUGUACAGCUACUUCUUGGCUUGCCUCAUCGGCCGUCAGUUCCUAGACCCUGCACAGGGCUACAAAGACCACACCCUGGACCUAUGCGUACCCAUCUUCACCUUGCUGCAGUUCUUCUUCUACGCUGGCUGGCUUAAGGUAGCAGAGCAGCUUAUUAACCCUUUCGGAGAGGACGAUGACGACUUUGAGACCAACUUUCUUAUUGACCGCAACUUUCAGGUGUCCAUGCUAGCUGUAGAUGAGAUGUAUGACGACUUGGCCAUGCUGGAGAAAGAUCUAUACUGGGAUGCAGCAGAAGCUCGCGCGCCCUACACCGCGGCCACCGCUUUCCUGCUUCAGCAGCCCUCCUUCCAGGGCUCCACCUUUGAUAUAGCGCUGGCUAAAGAGGACAUGCAGUUCCAGCGGCUGGACGGCGUGGAUGGCCCGCUGGGAGAUGCUCACGGGGACUUUCUGCAGCGCCUCCUGCCGGCGGGGGCGGGUUCUGUGGGUCCGCUGGGGCGGCGCCUGUCGCUGUUAAGGCGUAAAAACAGCUGCGUGUCAGAGGCCUCCACUGCAGCCAGCUGUGGCUGUGCAGGCGCGGCGGAUGGCGGAGGCGUUGAGUGCGGUUGUGGAGACCCAUUGCUUGACCCCAGCCUGCGGGAACCUGAGCUGGAGCCUCCCGCAUGUCCUGAGCCGACUGCCCCCAUCCCGGGGCCAACUCCUGAACCUUUUACCACCGUGUCGAUUCCGGGGCCUCGGGCUCCUGCGCCACCCUGGCUGCCUAGCCCUAUUGGAGAGGAGGAAGAGAGUCUGGCCUGAGAUCCUGGGACCAGGACCCCUACGGACACCUACCUAAUCCUGCACUGGACAUGCUGGCGACCACCAGGGUCUGCACAAGCUAGCUAGGACUGCAGAAAGCCGACCUACUCAUUUUGACCAGCGGAAUCUCCCACUGGGGCUGGUGGUUUUAGGGGUCCAUAUUCUCCCAGCUGUUGCUGCUUCCCCCACCCCCAAGCCCCCACUCCUAGCUUCUUUAAGAGGUUUUGCUUCCCAAACACCACCACCUGACCUGUGGCCUCUGUUGGUCUUCUGACCGUGCCUUGGGAUCUGCCCUUCGAGUGGAAUUGACUGCCUACCUCAUGAACUUGUGAGGAU